AUGGGUUGGACAAGGCCAGAACAACCAGUCAUUCCCCAAGUAUGGUACACUUUUCAAGCAAAGGACGCCGAUAGUGAUCGAUUAGUAACAUAUAGUGUUGAAGAUCUUACGGAGGAUCGCUAUGACGAUGCGCUCCAGCAUUAUAUGGAAAACUUCUUGGAUGAUGAACCACUUUGUCAGAAUAAGAAGCUUUCGGAGGAUGAACAGUCGGUAGCGGAAAUUAGGUUUUUCUGGAAGUGGUGUUUCGAUCAAAAAAUGACCAUCGUAUGUUACAAGGAAGGUUCUCGAGAGAUCGUCGGUGCAAAUCUUUUACACGUUAAAGGGUCCGAUAAAAUGCUUGACUCCGAAAUGAAAAGUGAACGUGUAAAGGACCUCGUUGCUACUAACGAAUAUAUGACGGAUCAGUUUAAAGUACGUCAACACUACAAUGUAGAGUAUUAUUUGACCGCUUAUGGAUUAGCCAUCAACAAACGUUACCGAGGGCGAGGAAUUGCAACGGAAAUGCUGCGGGCUCGCGUUCCUUUAUGUAAGGCUUUCGGAAUCAAAGUGACAGCAACCAACUUCACCGCUUUGGGAUCACAGUUAGCCGCUGCCAAGGCAGGUUUCCAAACGAAUUUGGAAGUAACGUAUGAUGAUUUUGCUAAAAUGGGACCGAAGUAUUCCUAUCCUGGAAUAAAAUCAAAAAGUUUAAAAUUGAUGAGCUUAGAAAUCGUGUAACCUAAUAAAAAUCCUAUUUAAAUCGAAUACUACUACUAC